AUGGACCUGAGCACAUUUCCCUACUUCUUGUCUCUCCCGUUUGAGAUCCGGCGAGAAAUCUACUGGCUUGCCACCCCACCACGUAUUGUGAACGUUGAGGAAAAGACGGUUAUCGACUUUGACGAGUUCAAGGAGAUCCUGAGUACACACCCAGUCCAGCUCCAUAUCCACCCUGAUAUCGGGUUCUUCAGCAUCAACUGGGCUGCUGAGAUCCAACAGCAUAUAAGAGAUGGACGUAGCCUCCGCCAAACGACCCUAGAGGAGCACGGCUUCACCGGCAGCAAACCGAUCCCACAACCCUGGACUCCGUCCGCUCAAUGUCCAGAAAUACCCCUCGCAUGGCUAGCCAACGACCCAAAGGUCGCGUGGGAGCUCAUGAGGGAGGGCUACUUAUACAGCAAGGCUCCGAUACCACCGCUACUGCACACUUGCGCCGAGUCUCGCAGUGUGCUCAUGCGGGGCGGCUACCGCCUGGCCUUUGCGACGCGGACGGCCGAGCCACGAACAUGGUUCCACUUUGAUAGGGAUACUCUCUUCCUCUCACAGGUCGCCUACGAGGAAGAAGAACGUCUCGAGUUGCUGAGCGGGGGCCUGUGGGACGUGGGCCAGUUCACGGCGGCGGAUCUGCAACGGGUGCGCAGGCUCGCGCUGGAGGGUUCGGCGUCUGUGCUGUACGACAUGGACAUGGCGGCGCCGUGGCAGGUCGUACCGGCGACCGCGUCGGUAGUCGUCUCUCUGCUGCUGAGGCUGUUGGGAUCUGUGGAGGAGCUCUGGUUUGUGGAGUGGACGCGGCGUGAUGUGGAGAAUUGGAGCAUGUUUGAACGCUGCUUUCCGUCGCCGGCGGUGGAGGAGAGCGCUGUUGAUGUGGCAAGGAGAAGUAGUGAUUUUGUGGCGGUAGAUGUUGAGCUUGUUGAUGUAGGCGGGCAGAGUUGUUGGUGUGACGGUGCGUUCGGGAGUGGGUUUCUUCGGUCCGGGUUCGGGGCAUUGAAUUUUGCGAAACUUAUGGAGGACCGCCAAGAAUCUGGGGCCGGAGGCGGGGCCGAAUCGGGGGCUGCAUCCUAUCAUGGGUAUCUGGGACGGCUUCGACAGGUCUAUCUCGAGCAUCAGAUGGUUGCGAUGCUUGCCAAGGAGAAGGACCGUGUUGAGAUGCGGAUGACAGACGAUGGCCCUAACGUGGGAUGUUGGAAGAUCCCAGAGACAAAGCUGGUUCACGUCCUGCCGCGAAACAUGAUCCAGUAUCUAUACGAGGAACGCCGGAGGGUCGCGGCGGGGUUGAAAGCAUUGCAGAAGGAAUGGGCUCACAUGAAGAAACAGCAGCUUCACCACCUGGCCGUAUGUGGUGAAGCUCUACGCGUAGACUCUGCCCUUUCCGAAAGGCAAGCGUUCGAAGACAAACACUGGCCUUCGAAUGACUGUAGGCACGAGGAUUGUCAAGGAACGUGUUAUUUCAUUCAUAUGGAGAAUAAUCUCAAGAAGUGGUGGGUACAGCAUGGGCCAAGUCUAUGA